AUGUGGCUAUCAGAGCAACCCGCCGUGAUCCAAACUCAGCCGCUAGUCGAAACUAUAAUUGGCAGGUUGCUGCUGUCGUUUGCUAACGUUGUUUGUCUUUUUCUGGAUGACUUUUCUACUCCUGAAGAAGGUGUCAAUUUCCUACGAAGAUGUGCAGGUUACAAUAGUCUUUUGCAAGGCUGGAAGCCACAAAUUAUCUUUGUCACAAACAGCACGUACAAGCGUAACACCACACCAAACUUCAUACUACCUACAAUGCCGCAACAUAACAACGUAAAAAAGCCCUUAAAUAAAGCAGAUAUACAGCUUGCCCUACAGGCUAUUUAA